AUGACGUACUGGACUCAAUUUUGGAGGCAGUUCUUUAAGCUCAGCUCCCUCCCCUUCCAUCUCGACCGAUGGUUAUUUCGGCUACCUACUGGAUGGCACUUCGGCUUCGGAUUCUGGAUUAGAUGUACCGUUGACAGUCCAGGAGCCGCACCCUCUGCAAUACUAAACGAAACCGAAGAGCAUUACAGCCACGAUGCCCUCGACAAAACAGAAGGGGAAGACUUUCGUCUGCUUAAACUCCAUCCAGGCAACUCAGGGGACCCGAUCCGGAUUAGUCUUAUAGCAACGGCAUUAUAUGACGCACCCGCAUACGAGGCAAUAUCCUAUGUCUGGGGAAACGGUCUCGACCGCGCCGAGAUCAUUGUCGACAGCUGUCGAUUUAGCAUCACCAAGAAUCUUCACGACGCUUUCGGAGCUCUACGACAUUCAGCGUACUACGCUAUCCUCGCUAUCAUCGAGAGCGAUCAAAGGGGUUCGUUCGAUGUCGUUGUAGACUAUAGUCUGGGCGUCGAGGAGGUUUAUGAGCGUUUCAGGGCUGCCAUCCAGCAGAUCAGCGAGAUAGAAGAUGUUCCCCUUGCAUGA